AUGAAAAAAUCCCCAUCACAUUGGUUCAGCAGAUGUCAAGCUGCUUUAAGCACAAUCGUUACACAAAUCGCCAGAUCUGAGGUCCCGAACAUCAGAUCUGGUGAAGAAAACAACAUUACAGUAUUGGACCCACCAACACCCUGUCGGGGGGACAUCCAAUCUAGUCGUAACAUUGAAAUACAAUUCAGAAAUAGCAGUCAUCAGGAAGUUAAACCAAAACAAAUAAACAUGAUUCAAGGAGGUCCAUCACGAAGGACAAACAAACGAAGUUAUGACCAACAUUGGAGGGAGCAGCAAGUCAUAUUUCCCGUCGUCCCAGGAGGCCCUCAGGAAGAGCGACCAGUAAUUAUUACUGGCAUCUUCGGUCAUUAUCGGACAGACUACAUAUUUAUAGAUCCGGGUAGCUCGAUGGACAUCAUAUACGAGCAGUGUUUUAAACAACUCGACCCAGAUGAUAAAGCACGUCUAGAACCGGUCGAUUUUCCCCUCACCGGAUUCUGCAAUGAAGCUGUAUUCCCAUUAGGGCAAAUAGCUUUCCCUGUGACUUUGUCGGAUGGAGAACAUUCUCGAACAGUUACAGUCAGUUUCAUGGUCAUGCCGGCAACAUCACGUCAUGAUGUUCUGCUCGGAAGAAGGUCACAAAGAGAGUUCAGUAUGAUCACAUCUAUCCCACACGCGGCAUGUGGGUUCCCAACGGAAACCGGAGUUGCAAUUCUGUACUCAAGCAAAGAAGUCAUGUACAUGGACGACGAGCCACCAGCAAAGGUAGUCAAACCUUCAGCAUCAAACGAACCGGAGAAAUGGGUCCUGAACGAAGAAUACCCAGAGCAGACCAUCUCACUAGGUCAUGCCAUCUCACCAGCAACACGGAUACAACUAAAAGCAUUGUUGUCCAACAACAAGGAUAUAUUCGCCUGGUGCCCAGCAGACAUGACUGGGGUUCCACGCGACAUAGCGCAACAUUGCCUGAAUAUUAAACCAUCAGCAGAACCUGUUACCCAAGCGAGGCGCAGCUUUAGCGAAGAGAAAGCGAAAGCCAUGGACGAACAAGUAGUAGAGCUACUUAAUGCGGGUAUCUUGCACGAAGUAAAGUACCAUACAUGGUUUGCCAAUCCAGUAAUGGUCCAGAUGAAAGAAGAAGACGAAGACAAAACUGCAUUCCGCACGGAUAAAGGCAUCUUCUGCUACACUAAAAUGCGCUUUGGCCUGCGCAAUGCUGGCGCAACUUAUCAAGGAUUAAUGGACACAGUUUUCAAAAACGACAUUGGCAAGACAGUUGAAGUAUACAUGGAUAAUCUCGCCAUUAUGAGCCAUGAGGAAGACUCAAUGCUCAACAACAUUCAGCGUACAUUCGACUCUCUGCGCAGCGUAAACUUAAAGCUCAACCCAACUAAAUGCUCCUUCGGCAUGGAAGAAGGGAAAUUUCUGGGCUUCAUAGUCACAAGAGAGGGCUUCAAAGUAAACCCAGAAAAAGUACAGGCUAUCCAGCAAAUGCCCUCACCCGCAACAAUAAAAGAAAUGCAAAGACUCGCCGGACGCUUAGCAGCCUUGAACAAAUUCUUGGCUAAUCAUGCGGCUAAAUCUUAUCCAUUUAUCAGCACGCUGCGAAACUGCGGGAAGAAAACCCCCUUUCAAUGGACACCUGAAGCAGAAGCAGCAUUCAAACAAAUGAAAGAAUGUUUAAUUCAGCUACCAACGCUGACUGCACCAAAAGAAAAAGAGCCACUAAUCUUAUACCUAUCAGCCGCGGAAGUAGCGGUAGGAGCAGUAUUAAUGGUGGAACGGGAAAACGUUCAGACUCCAAUUUACUAUAUCAGCAAAAUGCUCACCGGCCCAGAAACUCGUAUUUCUCGGGCCACGUCUCUCACAAAUUAUCAUUUAGGCCAAAUCUUGUCAAAACCCGAUGUGGCGGGAAGAUUGGCUAAAUGGGCCAUAGAGCUGGGAGGAUACAAUAUCUUUUACAAGCCAAGACCAGCAAUCAAAGGGCAAGUUCUAGCAGACUUCGCUACUGAAGUGCCCAUCGAUAAAGUACAAGAAUGUGAGGCAAUCCAGAACCCUACACCUGUUUUCGAUGACAGAGUCUGGACCUUGCACACAGAUGGUGCUUCCAAUGAUGACGGAGUAGGAGCAGGCCUCCGAUUAGUCAGUCCGGACAAUCACGAGCUCACAUAUGCUAUACGCUUAGACUUCCAAAGUACCAACAAUGAGGCAGAAUACGAAGCAUUUUUAGCAGGACUUCGUUUAGCGCUCAAAAUGGGGGCAAAAAACCUUGAGGCCAACGUUGAUUCGAAACUUGUAGCCGAGCAAGUUAACGGUCACUACGAUGCAAAAGGAGAAGCUAUGGCAUUAUACCUUGAACAAGCACGGUUGUUAAUCAGCCAAUUCCAGACAUUCAGGGUUAACCAUAUCAACAGAAGCGAAAAUAAGCACGCAGACGCGCUUAGCAAAUUAGCUGCUACCAGCUUCAAGCACCUAGCAAAAGAAGUGCGCAUAGAGGUACUGUCUAACCCAUCAAUCCAUCUCAAGCAAGUAAACGUUAUAGAGGUCGGUAAUCCAUCCUGGAUGCCUCCGAUCAUCUUAUACCUACAACACGGGAAACUCCCGGAAGGAAAAGCAGAAGCGCGGAAACUCCAACACAAAGCGAUAAAUUACGAAAUGGCGGAUGGCGUCCUUUACCGAAAGUCAUUCAUGGGACCAUUACUACGCUGUGUCGACAAAACAGAUGCUCAAUACCUGGUCAGAGAAAUCCAUGAAGGUUUAUGUGGAAUACACGCAGGACCGCGCAUGGUCGUAGCAAAAAUAAUGAACGCCGGAUACUACUGGCCAGGAAUGCAUAUGGACGCAGUUGAUUUAUUAAGAAGAUGCGCACCUUAUCAACGCCAUGCACCAAAGACACUCCGACCAAAAAAUCCGCUGGUGCCUGUCACAUCCGCCUGGCCAUUCCAACAAUGGGGCAUCGAUCUUGUUGGCCCAUUCCCUGAUGCGCCAGGCGCAGUAAAAUUCAUUAUUUUAGCGGUCAAUUACUUCACCAAAUGGGUGGAAGCUAAAGCUUUGGCUUCGACCACAGCAAUGGUAAUUCGCAAAUUUAUAUGGGAACAUAUCAUUUGCAGGUUCGGAUUACCAUUGCGCAUUAUCUCUGACAACGGCACAAACUUCGCCUCAGAAGAUCUUCAAAAGUGGUUCAAAGAAAUGAAGAUCGAGCAUCAUUUUGCCUCCGUCGCGCAUCCACAAGCGAACAGUCAAGUAGAAAGUAUAAACAAACAGAUCGUUGACGGCAUAAAAGCACGGCUAGGGACAGCACGCAGAGGGUGGGUCGACGAACUCCCCAGCAUCCUCUGGGCGCAUCGAACAAUGCCAAAGACUAGCACAGGCGAAACUCCGUUCAGUCUAGUCUAUGGGUCUGAAGCCGUCAUCCCAGCUGAGAUUGGCUUACCAUCACCACGCAUAAUAGCCAUGGAAAAACAAAAUAAUGAGCAAGAACGAAGAUUGGAUCUAGACCUCCUCGAGGAACGGCACGAGAAUGCCGCUAUCACAGAGGCCAGGUACAAAUCCAAACUCGAAAAAUACUACAAUGCGCGCGUCCGCAUAUGCACAUUCGUUCCGGGUGAUUUCGUUUUACGCGAUAAUGAAGCAUCAAAUGUUGAAAAACCGGGCAAAUUAGCGCCAAGAUGGGAAGGGCCAUAUGUCAUUAACGAGGUCCUAGGCAAAGGGGCGUAUACUCUCAAAAGAAUUGACGGGACUCUAGUCCCAUGCACCUGGAACGCGCAGCAGCUGCGCCGGUGUUACAUGUAG